AUGCGUCUCAACUUCGUGCUCGUUUUGGUCGCGGCCCUCGCUACAAUGGCAUCUGCUGGCUUCAGUGACUAUGCGUAUAAGGAACUGAAAGAAGACGAUGAUUUUGAGCCCUCCCCGGCGUGGACCAAGAAAUGGACCGCGGAAAUGAAUCGCUGGGUAGACGAAGGGAAGACUCCAUUGGAAGUGGCCAGAUUCUUUAACAAGCAAAACACCCGCGAAGCGAGAGAGAAGCUCUAUCUUUUCUAUGAUGCGUGGCUGGAGAAGAACCCUAAUGUGACCACGUGA